UGAAUCUUUUAAUUGUAGGAUAUAGAGUCAAUGGAAGAUGCAUUAUGUCAAGCAUUCUCAUCAAACAAAUCAUUAGAGUUUGCUCAUGAGUUGGACGUUUCAAGAAUCAUAAAAGAGUUCGCUCGUAAUCCAGAGUUGAAAGAAGGAAGUAGUUUGAAAAGACUUGAAGUUAUCAAUCAUUGCUUUGGCAAGGACACAGUUGAAGAUAUACUAUCUGCACUGGAAAAAGAAGCAACUGGAAUGGAUGACAAGUGGAUCACUAAUGCAAUAAAGUCUAUGAAGUUUGCCUCACCAACAAGCCUUAAGAUUUCACUACGAUCUAUUAGAGAAGGACGGAAGCAAUCACUUCGACAGUGUUUGUCUCGCGAAUUUAAUAUUAGUAGUCGCAUCGUACUAAGAUCAUUCAAUUACAACGAUUUCUACGAGGGUGGUAAAGCAAUCUUUUUUGACAAAGGCAAAAAGUUUAAGUGGGAACCAUCAAAGUUGGAGCAAGUACAAGAUGCGACUGUAAUGCAGUUUUCUGAAGUGGUCCACGAUGAUCGCUGGGGCUACUUGGAAAUUCCAGAUAGAUCACAGUUGAAAAGCUCCAAACUUUGAUACUAUAUAUGAAAGAACUUUUACACAUAUAUACAGUGCUUAAUAAAUCAAAAUGUACGAUCUCUAUUUGUUCUUUUACGAUCUACUGCAACUCAUACACUAUAAUUGCUCUUUGAAUUUAUGUCAUGAAAAUUUAUUUA